CAUAAGACCGCUAUCAUUAUUAUCAUUACGUUUAUCAGCCCAUCUCCAUUAAUAUUUAAUUCGUCCAAUUUACCACCGUUCCUUCCCCCAUUCGAAUUCCUAUGUCGAGUUAACGCAAUCCCACCGCUGACUGGCUCCGGCUCAGCCGACGAACAGAACAGACACAACAUUCACGAAUCCAUCCAUCCUUCAGCACUCUUUUGCGCCGCGGUGUAAUGUCUGCAGUUUCUCGCAACCUUUCUCCACAAAUAUUCCAAAACUAACUGUAUUACUACAUACAGUGUCUCCGGAAAAGCCAGCAAGUGUGUCAACGUGCGUGUUCGGUUGCAUUUAAACGAUUUACCUGUUGUUUCAAAUCGAUAUAACACAAGUUUGGAGUUUGGUAAGGAAGCGAAUAUUACGGAACACAACGCAUUUACAAUCAAUGCAGCCUUGACGACGCGAUGCACUAGCCGGACCGCUUGCUUUGUUGUUGUUUGCGUCUCUCUCGAACGCGCACGCACUGGGAUGUGCUACCCUCUUUCAAUCCAACAGAUGCAUAUAAUCUUCAUUUAAGGGUGACAUUCAACAGAUAAAUAAACAUGUAUGGAAACAUGACAUUCAACACUGUUUGGACACCAAAGUCAAUUGAGUAGAUAACAACGAAGAAUACCAACAUUUGUAUUUUUAUAAAUUAGAAGUGAAAUUUAAAAAUAAGCUCAAAAUGUUAACGUGCUGUGUGAAAUACCUACUAUGUGCCUUCAAUUUCGUGAUAUUCCUAUCAGGGACAGUCAUUUUAGGAGUAGGACUAUGGCUGAAAAUCGACAAAACCUCCUUUAUAGGACUCUUAAAAAUAGUUCCGUACGAUCAAGUUCAAGAUUUCACCAAACCCGGAGUGAUAGAGCAUUUAUCCUAUAUCCUAAUGGCUAUAGGAGCAAUUAUGUUUAUUGUAUCGUUUCUGGGAUAUUGCGGAGCGAUGAGAGAAUCUCAGUGUAUGCUGACAACUUACGGACUUCUACUUCUCAUUAUUCUGAUAUUAGAAAUCACAGCCGGUUGUCUGGCUAUUAUCUACAAAGGAACAGCAGAAACUGAAGUCAAGAAUGUAUUAAAGACAUCCUUAACUAAAUAUUACUCGCUUUCUGAGAAUGGCAGCGCUGUCAACCUAGCUUGGGAUAACCUACAAAUAUCUUUGAAGUGUUGUGGUGUUGACGACUACAAAGACUAUCAAGAAAACGAGAAAUGGGCCAACGGAGAUAAAGCUGUGCCGGAUUCGUGCUGCGUUUUAGAUGAAAAUAAAAAACCAUUAGUUUCGACUUGUUCUUAUUCUCCGACCGAAACCAACUCUUAUCAUCUGAAAGGAUGCUAUAAAGAAGUUGUUAAUUGGAUCAUGAGUAAUUUGGACAUGGUUAUUAUUGUACUGGUAGUUUUUGGCGUCGUUGAAAUACUCGGUGUCUUGUUAUCUUUCUGUUUGGUUAGUUUUAUUAACAAAAGCAAUAGGUUCAAUUAUUAGCGGUUUUGUUUUUAAGUGAAGCGGUUCUAAACCGCUCUAUGAACUUUCGUUUAAAUUUUGAAAACCAAAGAAUUUUAACUGGAAAUGUAUUUUUCGAGAGACUUAUUGACAAUAGAUUUUAAUGGAC